UCCUUUUUCGGAUUCCCCAGUGGAGGACUCCCCCCGCCUGACGCUACUCUCCACUCGGACCGCUUGGUGUGCUUCGUGUAACCACUUUCAUCUUCGGAACCCGAGCACAGACCUCAUUCUAACCUGCUUUUGCGUCCUCUUUUACAAUGUGAAGAAAAUGGCCGGGACUAGCUCUGAUUGGGUGGAGAUCCUGGAGCCACGCUCCCGUGAACGCAUGUAUGUGAACUUGACCACUGGUGAAUGCGGCUGGGAUCCUCCCCCAGGCGCUCCCGUUCGCCAGGCAGAUGGUAACCAGUGGUGGGAGCUCUUUGACCCCCAAAGUGGCCGCUUCUACUACUACAACUCUACGGGUCGCAGAACUGUCUGGCAUCGGCCACAAGGAGCAGAUAUAGUGCCCCUCUCCCAGCUUCAGGCUAUGAAGCGCUGUAGUGAGGCCAAGCGGGCGGCAGCGGGUGUGGAGAGCCACCAGCAAGGGACUACAGGGAGUCUCAGCAGUGUGGGGAGCCAGAGCCCGUGCAUCUCCUUGCCUGAGCAAGAUGGAGACUGUCCUGAGACGACUGAGGUAGCUACCAAACCGGAGCUGGACCCAGCAGUGGAUGUCAGAUCACAGGCAGACGGAUGCAGCAAUGAACUCAAAGAACCACAGAGGGAUGCCCCUCAAAGAUGGCAGCCUGCACCUGGUUCUAAGGCAGCAAUGUUGGUAAAGGUGAACAGCAUGAGUCGGAGCCAGCCUUGUCCAGCCCCACAGCAGCAACUCAUCCAGCACAGUGCACUCAACAAAGCCAACACCUUCACGCAACACCCGUCCAACAAUAAAGUCCAAGGAGGAUGCUUAGGCUCCACCCAGGGAUAUAAAACUGCCCCUUCUGGCAAAACAACAGCUGACCCGCGUCAGGCCCAUCACCUGAGAAAAGCUAGUAAUGGCAGCUUUUGUUUAGUGACAUCAGACAGUAGUCAACCCAGUCCACUUCUUCUUAGGUCUCAGACCAGCACACCACGCCCAAACUCCCCCCAGUAUGCUUGCAGUGCCCCAAUCUAUGAUGAGCCAGUUACAGACUGUCCCAUUUAUGAUGAACCCCCAAUAGACAUGGAGGUCGAAGGAGCACACUUUUUCAAUGGGCAACAACUGUCUCGUUUCACUCCCUCCCAUAGUCUCCAGAAACCAAAACUUCUCCAGCACCCUGGUCCAUCUCUUCCAAGUUCCAGACACAAGAGAAAUCCUUCUGCUUCUGAUUAUAGCCCAGCAGGUCUAGAGUGCAUCAAGCAUAUGAUCAAUGUAGACCCCAAGCAGCACCUAUCUGGCUCCCCUGUACCUACACGCACCCCCUCUCCUACAUCUCGGCAGGAUAUUGUCACAAUCCAGCCUAAUUCGCAGGCUCACUCUUUGCCGCAAGUUCAAAGCCAGCUGCGAGACAGAGAAACGGGGACCCCAGGCCCAAGUUCACUGGAUAAGAAGCAGAAUUGGAGAGCCCUGGAGGCCACAGUACAGCGUGCUAUCGAUACACGACACAGUAGGCAGAGCAGCCAAGUUUCACAAGACUUCCCCUCCUCGACACCUCAGGCAACCGCAAACUAUCAGGACUCUGGCUACUCCACUGGGCCCUCUCCGAGUCUGAGGAGAAAGAGUAGGAGAAGGAUGGGAGCCAAUGGAGGAGCAGGAGGUAGGCCUGGAUCAGUAGGGAGUAGUGGAGAGCUGUGUGCCCUCAAUGAGAGACUGAUGGCUGAGAUGAGGGAAGUUGUAAGUCGCUCAAACACCAUGAGGGAAAUGAGGGUGGGACCGGAACAGGAGGUAGGCGAGAGGGUGGUCGUAUCCCGGACACGCUCCCCCGUAGAGUCACUAAGAUGGUACGGAGGAGGAGCUGGGGUAUCCACCGGUAGAUACUCUUCCCGAGAGGACAUCAGUGGGGCUUCGCAUUCACUGAGUAAGACGGGAAAUGCUGCUCUGACCCCUCUUGAGAUACCAGGGAGACAGAAAAGGACAUAUGAAAAAGUUGAUACCUUGGAGAUGAGCAUCAAUAGCCAGGCCAGCCUAUCUUCACCUGAGACUCCCGGACCACCAUCCCAGGUGAGCACCCUUGAACUACAGGCUCAGCUGAAAGGCCGAAAGAAAGACAUGGUGGAUGGACGCAGUGCAUCCCUCGGCCCGCACCGGCCUACCAACCAUGACAACAGAGAGGGCUCUGAAGGGGCCAAAGGGGCGGAAUCGUCUUACCAGUUCUCCUACGCCACUUUACGGCAGCCACCGCCUUCAGACAUAGCCAUGGAGGACUGGGCCAGUAAGCACCUAAACAUGCACACACAAGGCCUAUUCCGGCGCCGCGUCUCCAUCGCCAACAUGUUGUCUUGGAACCGAGGCUCCAUUAAAAAGCCAAUGCUUGUCACAAGUAACCGUGCUGUCAGGAAGGAGGCUUGCGAGAUGUUCAAGCUGGUGCAGGCCUUCAUGGGAGACAGACCUUCGCGUCUGGAUCGCCGUCACUGUGCUCUACUCAUUGUCACCAAGUGCUGGGACAUGCAAGGCCUGCGGGAUGAGCUGUACGUGCAGCUAGUGAGGCAGACUACGGGAAAUGCAAGCCCCAGAAGCUUGGCUGCAGGUUGGGAACUGAUGGCAAUCAGCUUGGCCUUUUUUGCCCCAUCACCAAAGUUCCGCUGUUACCUGGAGGGCUAUAUCCAGAGACACACGGAGCCCACCAGCGACAAGAAAUGUGAGUCUCAGACUGAGCAACAGGUGACUCAGUUCAUAUUGGAACAGCAGGACCUGAAAUUAAAGAAGAACUCCAAGUCAAGGAAAAAGCGGAAACAAAAUACAGAUGAGGAAGAGGGCCUGCCUGUCAGCACAUAUGCCAAGUUCUGCCAUCGGAAGUUGCAAAAGGUGGCCAUCACAGGAGGGAAAAAGGGGCUACGUAAGCCCACCUUGGAAGAGGUCGAUCACAGUCGACGGGCCAUCAUCACUCCCUCCCUGUUUGGUAGCUCCUUGGAGGAAGUCAUGGAGCGACAGAGCGAGCUCUUUCCAGACAGGAAAUUACCCUGGGUGCAAGUUCAACUUUCCCAGUAUGUUCUGGCUCUGGGCGGGGCUCAGACAGAGGGCAUCUUCAGAGUGCCGGGAGACAUUGAUGAAGUCAAUGCAUUGAAGCUUCAAGUUGACCAGUGGCGGAUCCCUGAGAACUUGUCGGACCCAAAUGUUCCUGCCUCUCUGAUGAAACUCUGGUAUCGUGAGCUGGAGGAGCCACUUAUCCCGAUGAACUUCUAUAAACAGUGUGUCAACAACUGCGACGACCCAGUUGCAGCCAUCGCUGUGGUUCAGUCUUUGCCUGAUCUCAACAGGCUGGUGCUCUUCUACUUCAUCCACUUCUUGCAGGUGUUUGCUCAGCCAUCUAAUGUAGCCAUCACCAAGAUGGAUGUGAACAACCUGGCCAUGGUGAUGGCUCCAAACUGCCUCCGGUGCCAAUCAGACGACCCACGGAUUAUCUUUGAGAACACUCGUAAAGAGAUGUCCUUCCUGCGAAUGCUCAUAGUUCACCUGGACACUAGUUUCAUCGAAGGAGUGGUGUAGGCUCACAGAAUAUCUCUCUGCAGAACACACUGGAAACUCGUGGGAUUAAAUAUGACACCAAACUACAAACAAAUCACUACAGGGUUCAUUUGGUCAUACGUAUAAUUACUUAGUGAUAGAGGCAAGAAAUUCAUAACUGAGCCAUUUUUGGGUUAUCUUUAUUUAACCCAUGCAAGUCAUGAUUUAAGAGCUUUGUACGACUUGAGCUCAACAUAUUCAUAUUCGUGCAAAUAUUCACAAUAGUUUGUCUCAUGUUUAUACUCCCUCGUAUCAUUUAAGUGAUUGUCAGCAUGAGACACGCCAUUUGAACGGAAAAUACUAAGGAAUUAUAUAAUAUGCUUACAUUCGUCUUCUGAUCACUGGUCUUACUACAUUAUUUUGAGUAUAGUGUACAUUUCAGAGCGCAAACUAUUGUUAUAACUUGAGUUUUUCUGAUUUUCUUUUAAACACAUUUGGGAGUGCUUCAGUUUUCUGACCUUCAAUACUCAUUUGAUGGAGAAAAAGAUGUGCAUUUACAACACUUUGUGAAGUGGGAGAUUACUAUAUUAUAAUAAUAAUAAUCAUAAUCUAUAAUCAGUUGGACUACUGUUCUAUAUUCUUGUGAUGUGUGCCGCUCAGGUCUUAAUGAGAAGGGGGGGGUGGGGGGGGGUGAUGGGGUAACUGUACUGAAUAGUUUACCCACAGACUAAAUAUGCCAUCAUUGUCUCAAACCCCUUUACUGAGAAUAAACAGUUGUUCAACUGUCAAGCAUUACGAGAACGUAGAUUAAGUUUUAAGUCCUCUCUUUUGUAAUGUAUAUAUUGUGUGUAAAUACUAUUAACACUAUGGUGAAUUCAAAUCAUGAAGGAUAAGGACGGAAGUUGCUGCAAAGAGCAAAAGAAAAGAUUUUGUAAUUAUUGUUUUAGUUCUGCUGUAACCAUCUUCAUUUCCAACAUAGGACUGACUCAAACCACUCAACAUGUGUAUGUGUGUGUAUAAUGUACCUUUGUUUGACUAGAUAAAAGGUUUGUUCAGUUGGAUUGUUGUUUGACUUUGCCUCUUUUUUGUCGUUUUGGAUUGUGAUGAAAUGACCGAUUAACCUAUUCUUAAAGGAAUGACUACCUAGUAUAUAAUGAACAUGUAAAAGAUGGUAGCUCAAAGUAUUUAAGUACGUAGAUUUUGAAUUUCCCAGACCUCUAAUAAGAGAAAAUUAUGUUUAAACACAAAUGGUACCGCUUAAGGGUGAAGCCAUUUUGUGAUGUCAGUUAUACCCAUGCGGAUACAGACUGAUACUCGAGUCCAAUUGCAUGCGAUAAUUGGUGUUAAUGGCAUAAUAAAGAAGGGCGGGCGAAGCAUUGAUAAAAUGUCAGCCCCCAUGUUGGGUGACCACUUCCAGGAAAUAUUGGCUU